AUGUGUGAUGGUACCGAGCCUUGGGCCCUGUACAAUGAGUACAAAUGCUACAGGAACUAUGCAGCUGUAGCGACUCAGGGGUGUUCGAGGUAUCUGCAGCAUCUGUCUCAUGCCGUGCGUAAGAUUGCUGAUGAUGAUCAUAGUUGGCACGAUCUCCCGGAUGUUUACCUCAGCGAGGAACGCCUGGCAGAUUCUUUCCUAGAAGAGCAAUCGGGGUUGUACACAGCACUCCGCAAGUACGAUCAAAUCAAAGUGGAGAGGCGCAUGAAAUCCAUCACUCGACCUUGGAUGUUCCAGCUCCGAAGGUCAGACAAGCCAGAACAGCCAGUCAAAAGGCUGAUUCUGAAGCCUGAAGACAUUGGCAGUGAGGCUUGUGCGAUGGAAAUUUUGUGCAAAUUGAACCAGAUCUGGUCAGAAAGAGACGUGGAGAUCUCGGAGGCCUGCCGGCAUCCAGUCCAGGUGAAGACCUACCGCAUGUUUCUGGUGGAGCCUGAUGCAAGUUUCAUCGAAGUGGUUGAGGAUAGUACUACACUUGGGAAGCUCAAGAGAGAAAGCGUACGACAAUGGAUUUGGCCCGGCACACGAGUGAGAGAAUACCUGGAGAACAAUCAACUUCGACUUGAUAAGCUGGCUGCUACCACUGCUGGCUUCCUUGCAUGCUCAUACUUGCUGGGAAUAGGAGAUGGGCAUCAAGAUAACUUGAUGCUCACCAAAGGUGGUGAACUCUUUCGCAUUGAUUUUGGCUUUCUUUUUGGGAAGAGGCCUUUUGGACCUGAUGCACCAACUGUGUGGUUGCCAUGGACUGUAUGCGAGGCCUUGGCAGAUCGCUGGGCAGACGUGAUUAGGGCUGCUGAAGUUGCAGUGGGAACCUUGCUGGCGAGACCAGAACAGUUGAGGGAAAUCUGCAAAGUUUCAGUCUUUGAUACUGCUUUUGGUGCAAGCGCUGAAGCUUACGUCAUGGGCCUGUCAGUUGCUGAUUUUCGGCAAAAGGUCAGUGCAAUCGGGAGCUUUGAUUACUUUGAUUCUGGAUAUUUGGGGCAAGAAGUGAAAAACUUGUCCGUUGGCGUCGUAGCCUACAACGCUCCACGGAUCAGAUUGCAAGGCCCUGGAAGUUGUUUCCCAAUCAACCUGAAAUCUCCGGCAGCUUUAUUGUUCAUUUUGUCGGGAAGUGCUGCCCGUGUGAGCUCUCCUGAUGCUCUGGAGCGGUUUGCAGAACAUUUUCUUCCCGCAUCAUCAAACAGGGCACAUGAUCUGUUUGUCAAUUUUCAAAUCGGGAUUACCCAAGCGCUUCCGGCAGUCUUGCUUGAUCAGUCUGCGGUGGGCACUUACUUUGCAGACACAGGGGUCUCUGUUGCUGAAGCAUACAAAAAGUACCAUGAACUUUUUGCUGGGGCCCUUCAGAAGGCUGCGAAGGAGGAGGGCGUCAAUUUGGCUAAGAACGGUGCACUGCCACUUGACAUAGGCAAUGUAUUGAUUGAGAAGGCCGGAUCAGAUCCUCAGGUUCAGGAGUCCUUCAGUGUGUUGGAACAUGCCGUGGAUGCGCAAGAAUCGGAGUUGCGCAACCUCCCCAACAAUCUCCAGGAGUGCAGUCACAUCGAAGUGGAGAACUUUAUCAUUGGCCAUAUACCAUUGAUGCUAGCAAGCUACACAAUUUGCUCCACAAUGAAGUCUUGUAAGGAUGGGAGCAUUGACAAGAUCACAAUGGUGGAUUCAAUUCUGGCGGUGAUUUCUUCCAAAACUAUGAGCUGGGCAGGAGUUUGUCUGGCCAAAUGGAUGCUUGUGACAGUUACCCCUGUAGGAUCCGUUGCUAUCAUGGUAGGAAGUGUGCUGGCAGCUUGGGCUGGCAGUUCUGCCACGCAUGGCAUCUUCCAAUGCGCCUUGGGCACACAGGAGAGCAGAGCCCUGGAGGAAGCACUGGGAAAGUUGGUGUCACCAGGAGAUGGUCCGGGAGCGUCGAGGCUGCCAACCACCGCAAGCAUCGAAGAAGUUGAGGAACGCUAUGAGAUGCUGCACGACCAGCAUGAUCCACAACGGCCGAAUGGCAACAUGGAAAGCUUCGCAGAAAUCAACUUGGCCUUCGGCCAGGCCAUACGCCUCAUGGCCCACAAGAGGCUUGCCUUCGAGGCCGGAAUUCAUGGGUCUGUGGAAAGGCUGCCGCAGGGAAGGGAUGCCGAGGUCGAUCCAAGCGCGGUGGAUCUGUCAAAGUUCUGCGAGACCUACCGGCUCUCAGCGGAAUGGCAGCAGAUUUUACGGGGCCAGGACAUCUCUGAUACUUCGGAGUUGGUGUUCCUCACAGAGGAGGAUGUGACGAGGCUCUGCGAGACUCGGCUGCUGGGUGAGAGGCUGCGAUUGCAGAAAGGAAUUCAAGCGCUUCAAGAAGCGCAGCGUCGGUGA